AUGAACUUGCUGAAGUGGGACUCGAAGGAUUUUUCAGUGUUUGUGCUCAAGUGGAAGCACAAAGCCAAGGCAACAUGGGAAGAGGACGAUGCUGCUGUAUUCAUUGCUUGGUAUAAGUUGAAAUGGAGACCUAGCCCUAAAACUAGGUACGAUUUCGUGAACUCAAAACAGUGGCUAAGUGCUGCCCUGAGAAAUGUCAAAACUGUGACAGAAUGGGGCAGCAGAAGCGGAAAUUACCGCAGUUACAGAAUAACAGAAUUGCUGGUUAAUUCAAGACUCAUAGUGCCUGCUUUGAAGGAUAGGACUUGGGGUUUGCUGAAGUGGGUCUCGAAAGACUCUUCAGUGUUUGUGCUCAAGUGGACGCACAAAGCCAAGGCAACAUGGGAAGAGGAGGAUGCCGCAGUAUUCCUUGCUUGGGAUAAGUUGAAAUGGAGACCUAGCCCUAAAACUAGGUACGAUUUCGUGAACUCAAAACAGUGGCUAAGCGCUGCCCUGAGAAAUGUCAAAACUGUAACAGAAUGUGGCAGCAGAAGCGGAGAUUUCCGCAGUUACAGAAUAACAGAAUUGCUGGUUAAUUCAAGACUCAUAGUGCCUGCUUUGAAGGAUAGGACUUGGGGUUUGCUGAAGUGGGUCUCGAAAGACUCUUCAGUGUUUGUGCUCAAGUGGACGCACAAAGCCAAGGCAACAUGGGAAGAGGAGGAUGCCGCAGUAUUCCUUGCUUGGGAUAAGUUGAAAUGGAGACCUAGCCCUAAAACUAGGUACGAUUUCGUGAACUCAAAACAGUGGCUAAGCGCUGCCCUGAGAAAUGUCAAAACUGUGACAGAAUGUGGCAGCAGAAGCGGAGAUUUCCGCAGUUACAGAAUAACAGAAUUGCUGGUUAAUUCAAGACUCAUAGUGCCUGCUUUGAAGGAUAGGACUUGGGGUUUGCUGAAGUGGGUCUCGAAAGACUCUUCAGUGUUUGUGCUCAAGUGGACGCACAAAGCCAAGGCAACAUGGGAAGAGGAGGAUGCCGCAGUAUUCCUUGCUUGGGAUAAGUUGAAAUGGAGACCUAGCCCUAAAACUAGGUACGAUUUCGUGAACUCAAAACAGUGGCUAAGCGCUGCCCUGAGAAAUGUCAAAACUGUGACAGAAUGUGGCAGCAGAAGCGGAGAUUUCCGCAGUUACAGAAUAACAGAAUUGCUGGUUAAUUCAAGACUCAUAGUGCCUGCUUUGAAGGAUAGGACUUGGGGUUUGCUGAAGUGGGUCUCGAAAGACUCUUCAGUGUUUGUGCUCAAGUGGACGCACAAAGCCAAGGCAACAUGGGAAGAGGAGGAUGCCGCAGUAUUCCUUGCUUGGGAUAAGUUGAAAUGGAGACCUAGCCCUAAAACUAGGUACGAUUUCGUGAACUCAAAACAGUGGCUAAGCGCUGCCCUGAGAAAUGUCAAAACUGUGACAGAAUGUGGCAGCAGAAGCGGAGAUUUCCGCAGUUACAGAAUAACAGUUUUUUGACAGACAUAGCCUACCUGUUGGAGACGAAGAAAGCCAGUCUGUAUCAGUUGGACAAACUGUGUUGCCUUUCAGUUGAUGAAAUGGAGAUAGCUUGCCACUCAGACUAUGAUACGAAAACUAAGUCCUUUGUGGGACAAGGAACUUUAGGAAAUCUAGUGAUUGCCAAUCAUUAUAUGGUGGUUUUGCUUCAGGGAUUAAAAUCUCCCUGGGAACAACUGCACAUGAAUUAAUAGGGCCCUCAAAUUCUGGCCAAAACAUACCUUCAUUAUAGCUGUUGAUGUUACACUUUUAAACAUUUUGCAAGCAUGUUUACAUGUUCAUAUAUUGCUAAAUGAUGAUUAAAAACUCCUUGUAAUUGUUUGAGCCUGUAAUUAAUUUAGCAAUCUAUCUUAAUGAAAACCUCUGAUUUUGAAUUGAGGUAAAAUGUAACUUCGUUUUACAAUUAGUUAUAGCAUCAGGAUUUUUGUUAAAAAAUUUAACUAAUACCCUAUACAUGUUGAUGACAUGUGCUGUAGUUUUUACUUUUCUUAUCAUAUAAAUUACAUUUUGUUCAUGUUUCAUCUUUUAUUUUGGGGGGAGGGGGCUCUUUGCUGAAGACAUUGUGCGUCUCUUAUUUAAUAAUCGACUAUAGCUUACCAUGGAAUAAAUGUUUUUGAUGUUCUGUUUUCUGAGCUCCAUUUUUUUAAAAAGCAUUUGUAUCGCUUAAUCUGAAUAUUUUUCUUGUAUCAUAUGUAUAUAUAUUUUUAAUUUUUAACACACAAGGUAUUACAAAAUAAUGAGUAGAAAUUCCCUGUAAUUGUUCAAGCAUAUACUUCAUUUUAAAAUGUGUUUUAAUGUCAUAAGUAUUUUUGAAAUUUAACAUAUAUUUUAUUUAUAAAAGUUCAUUUACUGAAAAAUAAUGAGUGGAAAUGCCCUUUAAUUAUUCAAGCAUUUACUUCUUUUUAAUAUGUGUUUCAAUGUCAUUUGUAUUUUGAAAUGUCAUACUUAUUGUAUAAAUGAACAUAUAUUUUUUUAAUAAAUGUUCAUUUACUGAAAAAUGAGUCAAAAUUCCCUGUAAAUGUUCAAGCAUAUACUUCAUUUUAAAAUGUGUUUUAAUGUCAUAUGUAUUUUUGAAAUUUAACACUUUUUUUUAAACUUUUUUUAAAAUAAAUGUUCAUUUACUGAAAAGUAAUGAGUAGAACCUUCCUGUAAUUGUUUGAACAUAUACUUCAGUUCAAAUAUGACUCAUCUUAUUUUUCCAAUAUGACUCAUCUUAUGUACUGGCUUUAACUUGGAGAAUAAUGUUAUUUUCUUCAUAAUUAAUUGUGUAAUCUUGUUUUCUGUUAGUACAUCUCGCAAUUAGCUGUAAUUUUUAAUAACUCAUAUGAAUUCACUUUGUAUGUAUUUUAAACAUUGAGUACUGGUUUUAUUUAUUAUAGCUCUUUCAUUUUAGCCAUUUUUACUUCAGUUUCAAAUAAAUGAUCAUUGUGUUUUGUUUUCCAAUAUCAAUAUAUUUUUCAUCAUAUAAUUCGUUCACAAUAUUGGAUAGUUUUUCGCCAUAAAUAUUUUUAUUAUUCAACAUUUUUAUGUGUUCAUAAACUGCAAAAUAAUGUGUAGAAACUUCCUGUGGGUGUUAUUUUGUUUUAUAAUUGUAAAGUCAAGUUUAUGUUAGGACAUUCAACAAAUGGCCAACACUUUUGAUAAUAUGUGCUUAAUAUUUUUAUAACUAUAAAAUUUUGUAUUUAUUUUAAACUCUGAUACUGGUUUGAUUUCUUUAUAUUUCUACUUUUUC